UGUUGUUUUCCCGAGCCGGAGUGGGUGGCGGGCACCCGGGGCGGGGUGCGCCCUCCCGCCCGGGGCCGAGCGCUCCCGAGAGCGAAUCGCACGGGAGCCCGGCGCCGCUCGCAGCCCCCAACGUCGGACUCACCCCAAGCAUCCUUCCCGGGGGCUGCGGAAAGCGGAGCGAUCCUGCCGUUCCGAAGACCCGGGGAGAGCAUCUGGUACCCUGGGGGCCUGAGCCCUGGGGGGCGCACACCCAGCCCCGCCGGACCCCGCGUUUCCAGAGGGACCCUGCCCGCCUCGCGAGCGAGAUGGCCGCGCGGGCACCCGAGCCCCAGGUCCUGCUCUGCCUCGGGGCGCUGUUGGCCCGCUGGGUCGCCGCAGGAUUGGAAGCUGUUGUCAUCGGAGAAGUUCACGAGAACAUUACUCUGCACUGUGGCAACAUCUCGGGAACGAGGGGCCCAGUGACCUGGUACCGGAAUGACUUGGAGCCCACCUUCCUCCUGUCCUCCAAUUCCAGUCUGCUGCCAGCCAAGCCACGCUUCUCUCUGGUGAAUGCCAGCUCCCUGCACAUCGAGGCACUGAGCCUGCAGGACGAGGGGAACUACACCUGCCGGGAGGUCCUGAACGAGACUCGCUGGUUCCGAGUGUGGCUGCAGGUGGCCAGCGGCCCCUACCAGGUCGAAGUCAACAUCUCCACCGCCGGCAAGCUCCCCAAUGGCACCCUCUAUACAACCAAGGGCUCCCAGGUGGACUUCAGCUGCACCAGCAGCUCCAGGCCUCCGCCCAUGGUGGAGUGGUGGUUCCAGGCCCCGGAAUCCAGAAUCGAGUUCUUUGGAAGCAACCUGACGGUCAGCUGCUUCACGCUGCUCCAGAUGUCGAGAAACCUCCAAGGGAACUACACCUGUUUGGCCCGAAACACACUCAGCAGGAGACAUCGAAAGGUGACCACCGAGCUCCUGGUCUACUCGCCCCCUCUGUCAGACCUUGAGUGCUGGGCAGAGAUGUCGCCAAGAUUAUUCAUGCUGAAGCUCACCUGUCGCUGGGAUGGGGGAUACCCAGACCCUAAGUUCCUGUGGACAGAAGAGCCAGGAGGUGUGGCCGUGGGGACGUCGAAGUUGGGAGUAGAGAUGCUGAACCGGUCCCAGCUGUCGGAUGGCAAGAAGUUCAAGUGUGUUGGGAGCCACAUAGCGGGGCCCGAGUCAGGAGCCACCUGUGUGGUACAGAUCCGGAGCCCCUCCCUUCUCUCUGAGCCCAUGAGGACUUGCUUCAUGGGGGGCAGUGUGACACUCACCUGCCAGGUGUCUGGAGCCUACCCCUCUGCCAAGAUCCUGUGGCUGAGGAACCUCACCCAGCCCGAGGUGGUCAUCCAGCCCAACAGCCACUAUCUCAUCACGCACAAUGGCCAGAGCUCCACCCUGACCAUCCAAAACUGCUCCCAGGACCGGGACGAGGGCUACUACGUCUGCCGGGCUGAGAACCCUGUGGGGGUGAGGGAAGUGGACAUCUGGCUGAGCGUGAAAGAACCUUUAAACAUCGUAGGAAUCGUGGGGACCAUCGUGAGCCUCCUUCUGCUGGGACUGGCCAUUAUCUCGGGCCUUAUGUUGUAUUACAGCCCUGUGUUCUGCUGGAAAUUAGGAAACACUAUCAGGGGACAAGACAUGGGUGAUGUCAUGGUUUUGGUGGAUGAGGAAGAGGAAGAGUUGGAGGAAGAAGAAGAUGCUGCUGAAGAGGAGGAGGAAGAGGAGGAGGAGGAGGAGGAAGCCAACGAGAGGGAGGAGUUGCCGAAAGAAAUACACAAGCACGGCCACAUUCAUAGGGUGACCGCGCUGGUGAAUGGGAACAUAGACUGGAUGGCCAAUGGGCUCCAGGCCCUGCAAGAUGACAGCAGUGAGCAGCAGAGUGAUACCGUUCAAGAAGAAGACAGGCCAGUUUGAAGAAGAGAGCUGUCCUUCAUUAUCCUGUCUUAAGAGCUUGGGAAGCUACACUGAAGAGCUUUUCAUUUUGCUUUGACUUGACUUGUACCCAUUUGAGGGCUUCAGAUGGUUUGAGGCUCUCAGCACACACACACACACACACACACACACACACACACACACUUCUGUCCGUUUUUAAAACCAUUGGUUUAAUUUGCUGUAACAUUUCUUAAGGGUGUUUAAAAGCUCUGGGAAUAGGCAGUGUGCGGGGGAAAAGUUGCACUUGGAGUCUGAGGGGCCCUUUUCAUCGUGACUCCUGGCUGGAUCCAUGUUGACUAAUGCUAAUUUGGGGGAGCAGGAGUGGAGGGGGCACCUGGCCUCAGUGCCCUUUGCCACUGGUACAGGUCUGUAACCUGCUUACCUCAGCACACAAGGGUCUAGUAAGGGGUGACAGGGACACUUCCUUUAUCACUGCCCAGGUGAGCCAAGGAACCAGGGAAAUAUCAACUCACUGGGAAAGGUGAGGAGUCAGCUACUGAUGCAGUUCAGACGGAGGCAGCGUGGUUCAGGGUGUCAGAGUCGGAAACACCAGGCUUGAAUCUGAGCCCUGCUUCUUACUUGUUUCAUGGGCUCGGGCAGGUUGCUUUACCUCUCCCCGGGCCUCAAUGUCCUCAUCUAUAGAACAGGUGAAAUCACACCUACCUUCCAGGGGUGUAGUGGGGACUCUGGGAUGUGCAAGUGCCUAGGAGGUGCUCAAGGGAUGUUCGUUCUCGUCUCCUUUGCCUUCCCUGGCGAGAAAAGAAAUGUCACCUCUACGCUGCAAGCCGCCGGAAUGGUGUCAGACGAGGGCAUUAGCAGCACUCUCCUGGUGAUCUUGGCUUCUCUGGAAAUAGAACUUUUUUCAAAAGAGGUGGGGGCCCAUAAGAGAAAGUGCCUUUCAUUAGAACCUCACAUUUUGCAAAGCUUCAUAUUUAUGCAGCAGCCUCUUAUACACAAUGUCAGCUUUCAGCCUUUCCCGUUCUUCCUUUCUCCUGCGACUUGGAGAGAAGGCUGGAGAAACGGUCUGUAAGGGAGAGUCUGGUGAGGUGUACUCCUUGAGCCGACCAGCUCAUCCAGCCUUCGGUUUCUCGAUCUCUGGAGUGGGAAUGGGAAAACAUGUUUCCUUCCUUUCUCUGAGGAUGUUAUGAGGAUACACUGAUCAAUAAUGCUAAGUUUCGAAUGAAAAUAACGUGUGAUGGCCUUAAGCUGCUAUUGCUUCCAGUAGAACCUGUACUAGGGUUCAGGUUAGAGAUCUUUUCCCCCUGAUUUCAUUCAAAUCUCUCCUCAAUGUCAGGGGCCUUAUAACGGUGCAAAGAGUGCGUGCUAAGCAUAAAAAUCUGACUUGAAUUUGCAUUCUUUAAUAUUGCACAUUCUGCUCUGAUGGGCAAGACCUAGAGCUUAGAGGAGAAAACUUCCCUUUUCCAGUAACAGGGACUGGGACUCCUAAAAUGAGACACUGGUUAUCUGCAGAGUUACCCUGCAGGUGUGUUUGGGGUUGGUCUGUUUUCUUGAUGGAAGGGACUAAACUGAGCAAGUCACUAGAAGUGAGUCCUGUCCCCGGCUCAGAACACUGGGGAGCUCAGGAGCUGGCUGCAAAUUUGUACCCCUCGGAAGAGCCGUGAACGGCAGUCUCAUUGUUCGGUUGGGUCUUUUGCUGCGUGGUACCUUGUGUAUGUAACCACUCUAACCAGUCUAAGUUAGUGUCACUUACAGAACAGGACACUUCGGUUGCUUCUAAAGUUACUGAACACUGAGCUAGUUUCUCCUUUAGAAUCUUCGAUGAAUUGCAUUCCUGAAUCUGAGCGUCUACUAUGCAGAGGCAACAAUAUUUUUUUUAAAAGAAAAUAAACAACUGUCAGGGAAAAUUCCCUAGCUGGGAACACAAGAUCACUGAGGUGUUUCUGCAAUUUCCUCUUCUCUUGCACACAUACUUGAUAGGUAGGAAAUCUUCAAGGCAGAGUUUUUCCACUAGCAAAUGGGAGCUUCAAGGUCUUGGUGCCAAACACUCUAUAAACCCUUGAGUAGCUGAGCUGUGACUGCUGUCACUUGUAUCUGAGCCCUGUGUGCACAUUACUAUGGCUGGGUCAGGUAAGAACCCAGGUACUGGGGUCUUCAAGUUUCAAGGAUUUUUAAAGAAAGGGCUUUUUGGAUGACCCAUCCCCAAACCCAUAAGCAUAUUGACAAUGGGUUGCAGGCUUUGUGUGGCAAAGUCCAAGUUGUUACAUUACGCUUUACCUACAUUCUUAUCUGAAUGUAUUGUGAACUCUGAGACUAGAUCUCGUUAUCAGAACCAGGAAGAUAAGUAUUUCAGGGCUAUCACAACUGACAUUUCUUUUUCUCUAAACCAGGCAGACGUUGGGGAAAGGGCUCCUGCAAUCUUGUGGCUUUGGAAGUAGCUCUAAUUCUCACAAGCACCUACAGGCCCUAUUACUGCAGCAGGAACACACAAUGGGGAAUUUCCAUAACCCAUGCACUGAAACCUGGAAAAUACUCCUUGCUGGGUAAAAGUGAUGGUGAUGCAAUACGUGCCAACUGGUAUUUCUCACCAUGGGGCUGGCCAGGAUCGGCUGCAAAGAAAAAUAAGCAGAUCCUCAGCAUUAUUUACAGUUGAAUAUUUGAUGUGGGGAGGUGGGUUGGGACAAUUCAUUCUGA